CCUCUACCUUACCUACCCUACCUCCCUCAUCUUCUCCGCAUACCUCCACCCUCUCUCCAUCUCUCAAACACACGCAAAUACCUUCGAAAUCAAUACUUCAAAGCAUCGAUUACAGCAUUGUCUAAUACUAAUAUUUGUUUUACAGCAGCAUACCAGAAAAUCAUAUUUAAGAGAGUAGCGCAGUCAUGGCGAGCCCAGCAGUCUUGACCCCGGUCAAGAGCCGCUCAUCAGUCUUCUCCACCCGCACCGCUGGCGGUCGGAUGCCAUUGACGCCCUCUCCCCGAACCCCACGGACGCAGACUCCUGAUGCGCAGGCGCACGAGUCUCUCCAUGGCGGCAACUUCAUGUCCCGUCUCCAGCGCUCCAUCUCCAAGACCACCCGAGACUCCCCCAAGUCGAACAUCGCCCGGGCUACCAACUCGCCGCGACGGUUAGAGCUCGGCGUGUCGGAGUGGUCGCUGACUGGAACGGGCAACACAUCAACCAAGACACCUGCCAAGUCGAAGAGGGACGGCACCCUCCGCUCAAGGCCCACCAAGACCCGGAUAGCAUACAACGCCGCCGACCGCUUCAUCCCAAACCGCACAGCGAGCGACGCCAUCUGCAACGUCGGCACCGGCAAGCUCGAUCUCGACCAGCGACCCAAGUCUAGCUCUACGGGCGAGGGCUCCACGGUGCUGGCCAAUGCCGCGAGUGCAUUCGAUCUGGGCGGUCGGGGUUCAGAGGAAGAUGUCACCCUCUCGCUGGAAGGCCUUAGCCUCGAAGAUGACGAUGAGGAGGGCCGGUCAAAAUCUAAGGCCACCCCAGACACCGUCGCAUAUCAGUCGUCGCUCGCAUCAGCAUGCGGCGUCAGCCUCAACACUCGCAUUCUUGCCUUUAAGCCUGCCCCUCCGGAGUCAUCAAAGCCCAUCGACCUCCGAUCACAGUACAACCGCCCCCUCAAGCCGGCCAGCAGUGUCAACGCCCAGAGCCGUCGUCGCAUUCCAUCUGCGCCUGAGCGGGUUCUCGAUGCACCUGGUCUCGUCGAUGACUACUAUCUCAACCUCCUGGACUGGUCUUCGAGCAACCAGGUCGCCAUCGGCCUAGAGCGCUCUGUCUACAUCUGGUCUGCCGACUCCGGUUCGGUUGCUUCUCUUCUCGAAUGUCCUUCCGAGACUUACAUCUCGUCCGUGAAGUGGUCCGGCGAUGGAGCCUACGUCGGUGUCGGUCUCGGCACUGGUGAGGUCCAGAUUUGGGAUGUCGAGGAGGGCACCAAGCUCCGAAGCAUGUUCGGCCACGAGACACGCGUUGGGGUCAUGGGCUGGAACAAGCAUAUCCUCUCUACUGGCGCUCGCUCGGGUCUCGUCUUCAACCACGACGUUCGCGUCGCUCAACACAAGGUCGCCGAGCUAGUCUCACACACUGGCGAAGUCUGCGGUCUUGAGUGGCGCGCCGAUGGAGCUCAACUCGCGACUGGCGCUAACGACAACCUGGUCUCGAUUUGGGAUGCUCGGUCGCUUGCCGCUCCCAAGUUCACCAAGACCAACCACCGCGCAGCCGUCAAGGCUGUUUCGUGGUGCCCGUGGCAAUCCAACCUCCUUGCGACUGGCGGUGGAUCGAAUGAUCGUCAGAUCUACUUCUGGAACACCACCACCGGAGCGCGCAUCAAUCACAUCCCGACCGACUCCCAGGUCACCAGCCUGCGAUGGAGCACCCACUACAAGGAGAUCGUCAGCUCUGGCGGCUUCCCCGACAACUCUCUCAGCAUCUGGAGCUACCCAUCCGGUGUCAAGAACAUGGAAGUCCCAGCCCACGAGUCUCGCGUUCUACACAGUUGCUUGAGCCCCGAUGGCCAGAUGCUAGCCACCGCCGCUGCGGACGAGUCCCUCAAGUUCUGGAAGAUCUUCGAGAAGAAGCCCGGUCAGCCUUCGAUCGCCGCUGCCGGUGCUGCCUCCACCAAGGCGAGCGUUGUCAAGCAGAUGACGAUUCGCUAAACAUACAACAACUCAUGUCUCGCACAGUCAUCCUCUUCGGACUUUGACGCUGGUGCGGACGUCAUCACCAACGGCUUGCGCAAUGGAGCCGAUUACCCGACUCUACGCGCAAUGGUAAGUUGGUAAGUAUCACAUCUCGUUUGGGUAUGUGACGCGGUCCUAUCCAUAGGAACCUUCCACAGCUACCCUCGGAAACUGGCAACUCGGCUGGGUGUUUUAGUCUCUGUUCAGCGAGGCGUCUUGGAGGAUCAUGCAUGGGCGGUGUUGGUGGAGUGGAUCCUUUCGAGCGUCUGAUGAAUACGAGUCCAUGAGCGACGAUGAUCUCAGUCGAUGUUUUGGUUACGAAAGCAAAUGUUUUCGGGUGUCAUCUCAAGUCUUGUCUGGAGGUUCUUCCUGGGUCCGUCCGUAUUAAUGCAAGCAUAUUCAAACGUUU